GGAAGUUGCGUCAUUCCGCGGCGCCAGCGAUCCCCGGCAGCGUGUGAGCCGCAGCCAUGACCCGGUCCCGACGACAGCUGGAGGCGUCGCGGAAGAAGCGCGGCCAGGCCCGGCGCGCCCGUGUCGGCAUCAAGAAGGACCCGGGGGUGCCGCAGCUCGGCCGCUUCGCCGCCUUCGCGCAGCAGCAGAGCAAGAGCCGGCAGAGGCCGCCGCUGGAGGCGCAGCAGCGCUCACCCCUGGCCGUGCAGCUGGCAGAGGCUCUGCAGCGACAGCAGCGCUUCCAGAGCCAGGAGAAGGACGAGAAGGAGGAGGAGCCCCCCCAGCCCCCCCAGGACGAGGCGUCGCUGCGCCACUUCGGGCGGGAGCUGCGCAAGGUGCUGACGGCGUCUGACGUGGUGCUGGAGGUGCUGGACGCCCGCGACCCCCAGGGCUGCCGCAGCCCCCGGCUCGAGGGGGCCCUGCGGCCCCAGCAGCGCCUCGUGCUCGUCCUCAACAAGAUCGACCUGGUGCCGCGGGACGUGGUGGCCGCGUGGCUGAAGCACCUGCGGGACGAGUUUCCCACCGUGGCCUUCAAGGCGUGCACGCAGCAGCAGAGCCAACACCUGGUGGGUGCUGGGGGGUCUGGGGGAGGGGGAAGGGAGAGUUGGGGUAGGGUGUUUGGGGCUGUGAAUUGGGGGUUUUGGGGGGCUGGGUUUGAGGGUCCCCCCCGACUCUGAACCCCUUGCCCAGGGUACCCCAACGUGGGCAAGAGCAGCCUCAUCAACAGCCUCAAGCGCAGCCGCGCCUGCGGGGUGGGAGCCAUGCCCGGGGUCACCAGGUGCCUGCAGGCCGUGCAGCUGGACGGGCACAUCCGGCUCCUGGACUGCCCAGGGGUGGUGCUGGACUCGGGGGACCCCUCGGCCACCGCGCCCCUGAGGGGGGCCCUGGCCCCCCAGCGCCUGCGGGACCCCGUGACCCCCGCCUGCGCCAUCCUGCGCCGCUGCCCCCCCCAGCAGCUGAGCCAGCUCUACGGGGUCCCCGCCUGCAGUGACCCCCUGCAGUUCCUGGCCCACCUGGCCCGGCGGCAGGGCCGGCUCCGCCCGGGGGGGCUCCCGGACCCCCACGCUGCUGCCAUAGCUCUGCUGCACAACUGGACCAGUGGGAAGAUCUCGUACUACACCCACCCCCCCAAAUCUCGGGGGGUGCAGCUCGAGGCCCAAAUCCUCCCAGCCCUGGGGCCAGCCCUGGACCUGGAGGCUCUGGAGCGGGGCGAUGCCGAGGCCCUGGCAGCUGUCCCAGUGACGGUGACAGGGCUGGGGCUGUCCCCGGAGGAGGAAGGGGAAGGAGAAGCCAUGGAGGACGACAGCGGUGACCUGGAGCUCGGCACGAUGACGGUGGAGCUGAAGCCCCGAGUGAAGUCGAAGGACACUGGGGGAGAAUCACUGCCCCGAGCCCCCACCCUGGAGGAGGUGGCUGCGCUCCCCCCUCUAUUCCAGGGGCAGGGGCUGCAGGCAGCUGGAAAGAGGAGGAAAAAGCUGCAAAAAAGAGCACAGAAAAUCGCCACGAAGCUGUCGGACACGUUGGAGGCAGCCAUGCAGUUCUGAGGCAUCUACAAAUUAAAUAAAAAUACUGUAUUUAAUGGAGAAA